AACAGUUGACAGUACAAUGUUUCCACUGAAAUUGAUUAUCUUUUCCAUCCGGACUUUUUUCACAUAAUGAAGCCUCGUGACGGGCCCAAACUUAAGUUCAGUUAUAAAUAAGAUGACGGUCAGUAUAGGAAUCUAUUCAUCUCGUCCUGCAAGCUUCACCAUAACCCCACUCUCGAGUUGAUCGUCCUCUCCUAGUAGUACUAGAUCAUGUUGGCCCUCACCAACGUCACUGCGCUCGACCUAUGCCUUGCUUGUGUCGGAGUAUAUCUGCUUAAGCAGGUCUUCAACAAGAAGAACCCUCCAUAUCCCCCUGGUCCUCCGGGGUGGCCUCUCAUCGGGAACGUCCUGGACAUGCCCUACAUCAGGCCCUGGCUCACCUUCACGGAGUGGGGCGAUAAGUAUGGUGACAUUUCGCAUAUUAAUGUUCUGGGUCAACACAUCGUAGUGGUGAACUCUGUCAAGAUCGCGAUGGACAUGCUGGACAAUAAGAGCACCAUUUACUCUGACCGUCCUAUUCUUCCUGUUGGCGGCGAACUUAUUGGCUGGAAAAACGUCAUGACUCUCCUCCCUUAUGGCGACCAGCUGCGCCGGCACCGCAAAAACUUUCACAGUGUCAUUGGCACCCGCGCCGCUGUGGCAAUAUACAGCCAGGUCGAGGAGAUCGAGACUCACCAAUUCCUCAAGCGUGUGCUUGCGAAACCCGAUCAACUGCAGGCGCAUGUUCGACACACCGCUGGCGCUGUGAUUCUGCGCAUCUCUCAUGGUUACGAGGUGAAAGAGAACGAUGAUCCCUUCGUCGACCUUGCGGGACGCGUUCUGGUCCAGUGGUCGCGUGCCACCGCUCCUGGCGCUUUCCUGGCUGAUGUCGUGCCAUUCUUGGUCAAGGUCCCUGAAUGGUUCCCUGGUGCUGGCUUCAAGCGUCUGGCCCGCGAAUGGCGCGACAACCUUGAAGAAUUGGUCUGUGCACCUCACAAGUUCGUCGUGGAUCAGAUGGCUGCUGGCAUUGCCCCGGAGUCUUUCACCUCGAAUCUGUUGAGAGGCGAUAGUUUAUCAGCGGAAGACGAGCACAUUGUGAAAUGGUCCGCUGCAGCCCUAUAUGCCGGUGGUUCCGACACUACUGUUGCUACUAUCAAUGCGUUCUUCCUAGCUAUGACGCUAUUCCCUGACGUGCAGAAGAAGGCUCAGUCUGAAAUAGAUGCUGUCAUCGGUCCUGAUCGUCUUCCCUCAUUCGCCGACCAAGACACUCUCCCCUACAUCGGAGCGCUUGUUAAAGAGGCCCUACGAUGGCAUUCUGUUAUCCCUACCGGAUUUGCCCACUGCGUAUCUCAGGACGACAUCCAUGACGGGUACUACAUCCCAAAAGGUUCCUUGGUCGUGACUAACAUCUGGUUCAUGAUGAACGACCCGAAGAGAUACGCUAACCCUUCGCAAUUCAAUCCUGAACGCUUUUUAGGCAAGGAGCCUGAGACAGAUCCACGCACGAUCUGCUUCGGUUUUGGAAGACGUAUUUGUCCAGGUAUCUACCUCGCUGAAGCCUCUGUCUGGUUGUCCGCCGUGAUGUCACUGGCCGUGUUCGAUAUCUCGAAGGCCGUCGAGAACGGUAUUGAGAUCAUCCCUGAGGUUGAUCCAUUGUCAGGCACAAUCAGCCACCCCAAACCAUUCAAGUGUUCCAUUAAGCCUCGCUCUUCAAGAGCCGUCGCGCUCAUUGAGCAGGACGUUAACUAUUAAGCGCGUGAAGAUGAAUCACAGAGCUGAGGAUCGGAUCAGUAGUUGGUGCAAGCAUGGGUGGACAGCUCGUGCCAGUAGAGAUAUCUGGGAUAUUGAUUUAUGCAAACAAUGUCAGCACGUAUAAUAAAUCUCGAAUAUGAAAUGGCAGGUAGUUAAAUAACUGAUUUGAAUCUUAACUAAAUACUACGACGAAAAAUUUACCCAGACCUAUGUCUCGAAAUCUACUUCAGAGCACUAAAUAAGCUUAAUCAAUACUAUCACGAAAGUGGGAAUAAAUAAAAGCAAAUUCCCCUGCUCCUUACAGAGCACUA